AAAGAAGCACAUGGAGAUCUUAGAUGUCACAAUUAGUGAGGUGGGUCUCUCUUGUCCCAUGUUAUUCUCUCUCUCUCUCCCUCUCAAAACUUUUCAAUUUUCUUGUUUUGAAUUUUGAAACUUUUGAAAACAAAGAACAACAAUGUUGGUUUUACCUUCUCCUCGUCUCUUCUUCUUCCUCCUCUUCAUCUUGUUCUCCACUUGUUUCUUGCAUACAAGAGCUCAAGAAGGCCAAGGUGAUAUAAGUGGUGACAAUAUCAAGGUUGACCCGAGUCUCACGUUCGAAAACCCGAGUCUUCGUCAAGCCUACAUUGCUCUUCAAUCAUGGAAACAAGCUAUUUUCUCUGACCCUUUUAACUUCACAGCUAACUGGAAUGGCUCGGAUGUUUGCUCUUACAAUGGUGUCUACUGUGCCUCUUCUCCUUCUCGUCCGCAAACCCGGGUUGUUGCGGGCAUUGAUCUUAACCAUGCCGAUAUGGCUGGUUAUUUACCUCCCGAGCUCGGUCUUCUCACUGAUCUGGCUCUCUUCCAUCUCAACUCGAACCGGUUCUGUGGAACAGUCCCUGCCACGUUUAAAAACAUGAAGCUUCUAUACGAGCUUGAUUUGAGUAACAACCGUUUUGUAGGGAAGUUCCCUAUGGUUGUCUUGUCCUUGCCUUCCCUUAAGUUCUUGGAUCUCCGUUACAACGAGUUUGAAGGUGUUAUCCCAUCCAAGCUUUUCGACAAAGAGCUUGAUGCCAUAUUCUUGAACCAUAACCGAUUUCGGUUUGGGAUACCGGAGAACAUGGGAAACUCUCCGGUUUCAGCUCUGGUUCUUGCGGAUAACGAUCUUGGAGGUUGUAUACCGGGAAGUAUCGGUCUAAUGGGGAAGACCCUUAAUGAGAUCAUCCUCUCUAACGAUAACUUAACCGGUUGCUUACCACCACAGAUUGGAAAUCUUAAGAAUGUGACGGUUUUCGACGUCAGUUUCAACCGGUUAAGCGGUCCGUUACCGUCCAGCGUUGGAAACAUGAAGAGCUUGGAGCAGCUCAAUGUUGCUAACAAUAGGUUCACUGGAGUUAUCCCAAGCAGCAUUUGUCAGCUCUCAAACCUUGACAACUUCACUUACUCUUCCAACUUCUUCACCGGUGAUGCUCCGAGAUGUGUGGCUCUUUCGGGAGACAAUGUGGCAGUUAAUGGAUCGAUGAAUUGUGUUGCCGGUAAAGAAGGUCAAAGAUCAGCUGAAGAGUGUUCAUCUCCAGCCUCACGCCCUGUUGACUGUAGCAAAUUUGGAUGCAACAAUAUAUUCUCUCCUCCGCCGUCUUUUAGGAUGUCACCCACCGUCCGAGUACUUCCUCCACCACCUCCGUCUUCCAAGAUGUCGCCUACGUUUAGAGCAACACCACCACCUCCGUCAUCUAAGAUGUCACCUACUUUUAGAGCAUAUCCUCCACCACCACCGUCUUCCAAGAUGUCUCCUUCUGUCAAGUCCUAUCCUCCUCCUCCCCCGCCUAAAUAUGAGCCAUCUCCGCCUCCUCCUCCUUCUUCCGAAAUGUCACCUACUGUUAGAGCAUACCCUCCACCACCACCACCAUCACCUCCCCCACCAUCUCCUCCUCCGCCGUAUAUAUACUCAUCUCCACCACCUCCUCCGCCGUCUCCAACCUACGUCUACUCAUCUCCACCACCACCACCACCGUCACCUCCUCCACCAUCUCCCCCACCACCAUAUAUCUACUCAUCUCCACCACCACCACCUCCAUCACCUCCGCCACCAUAUAUCUACUCAUCUCCACCACCUCCUCCACCAUCUCCAACCUACGUCUACUCAUCUCCACCACCACCACCCCAAUAUCAGCAAACACCUUCCCCACCUGAAUACUAUCCAUCACCUUCACCGCCUACUUACUACGCCGUUCAAUCUCCACCGCCGCCACCACACGUUGACUGCCCACCAGUAACAAGUCCUUCCCCUCCACCACCGGUCUACUAUACACCGGUUACACAAAGCCCCCCACCUCCACCGCCGGUUUACUAUCCCCCAGUAACACAAAGUCCUCCUCCACCACCGGUAUACUAUCCGCCCGUAACACAAAGCCCACCACCACCACCUGUGUAUUAUCCUCCGGUAACACAAAGUCCACCACCACCACCUCUGUACUAUCCUCCCGUAACAAAAAGUCCUCCACCACCACCACCGGUUUACUAUCCACCUGUAACACAAAGUCCUCCACCGCCACCAGUUUACUAUCCACCUGUAACACAAAGUCCUCCACCGCCACCACCGGUUGAGUACCAUCCACCGGCAACCCCAAACCACCCUCCACCACCACCACCUAAGGGAUGCAACGACGGUCCAAGUAAUGACCAUCACUACCAAACACCAACGCCACCUUCUCCACCGCCUCCAUCCUACGAGGACACACCUCUACCGCCAAUCCACGGUGUCUCUUACGCCUCUCCUCCUCCACCGUCAAUCCCAUACUACUAAGUUUAAACAAGGCAUUAACUAGUGGCCAAAGCGGACACUAGUCACAAUGAUCAAAUUCUUUUGGUUUAAUACCUAUUUGUGUGUUUUUGGUUGACAAGAGACAUUCGAGUUAUUCUUUUUCCCCAUGAAUAUUUUGUUCUUUUUAUUUCUUGAUUAAACAGAGGAUGGAGUAUAUAUUUUCAGUUAUUUUAUAAUUGGUUACCUAUCA